ACAGGGUGCUGUGAUUGGCCCAAAUACCAUAUGGUCAAGGGCGUAUUUUCCACAAGGCAAACAAGGCAUUUGCCUAGGGCGGCAUUUUUCAGAGAGGCAGUGCCGCCCCCCGGAAGAAGGGAUGGAAGAAGGGACACAUGCAGCAUGGGGACCAGGUGGGAUCUGAGAGAGGCUGUGGGCUACUUGAUGGUGUAUGCAGAGCCUGACUCUCGUUCCCUGGGUGGUUUGUAUCAGGGCGGUGGUAGUGGAAGGCUCUCUUGGGUGGGGGGUGUUGGU